UUGCAAUAAAACACAACUUCACUGAUAUCCAAUCACAUUGCCAUUAGAUUCUAAUUCCAAAAGAGUAAUACAACACAAAAACUGAGCGAAUAAGUAGGUUAGUAUGCCAGUAAGGACAUAAUUUUCAGAUCAGCUGAGGCCCGAAGACGAAGUUGACUUGACGGUGGUGGCGGUGCGGCGCUGGUCGGCAACUGAGGUGUUUGUUAUGGUCUGUGUUUAGGUGUGUUUGUUGUGGUGGGCAGCGAAAUAAUCAAGGAAAGAUGUCUGGCGCCAAGAAACAACCCACCAUUUCCAUGUUCUUUGCUCCAUCAAACAAUGGAGGGUCAAAGAAGUAUACAACAGAUGAGGGGACAAGAGUCAAGAACCAUACACAGGUGGCUGAGGUGGGCAUCUCCCCAGCCAUGAAGCGUGCCGGCAGCAAAACCAAGGGAAGCAAAGGCGGUAAAACAUCAGCAAAGAGAGCAAGGAUUGAAGAAGACCUGGAAAGUUCACCUCCAUCUCAAAAUGGCAGUCCCAAGAAGAGAAGUCUCACGCCAUGGACGAAAGAAAGACUUGGUGCAUUUUCCUGUGAUUCUGCUGUUGAUGAGAAUGAGGGAAGUGCAAUGGCUGUAGAUGAAGUGGAACCACCUCAAGAAACAGUCUCCAAAAAUGAAAAGAAUGGCAUUAGUGAUAGAUUAAAUGCUUUCAAGAACACAAGUAGCAGCAGCAGCAGUAGCAGUAGCAAUCAACAGUCAUCAUUAUCAUCAGCUCCCUCAUCAUCCCUCAAGCCUGCAGUUCUUAAACCUCUGCCAGGAAUGAAGCUGACCCCUCUGGAGCAGCAGGUGGCAGACAUUAAGAACAAGCAGCCUGAAGUGCUCUUGUUUGUUGAGUGUGGCUAUAAGUACAGAUUUUUUGGUAAUGAUGCUGAGAUUGCUGCUAAAGAACUGAACAUUAUGGCUCAUCUGGACCACAGCUUCAUGACUGCCAGUAUUCCCACACAUCGCCUCUAUGUGCAUGUCCGCCGCCUGGUGGCUAAAGGCUACAAGGUUGGAGUGGUGAAGCAGACUGAGACCGCUGCCCUCAAAGCUGCUGGAGCCAAUAAGACAGCUCCCUUUGGGCGCAAAUUGACAGCACUCUAUACUCGCUCCACCCUGAUAGGGGAAGAUGUAACUCCUGGGUCAAGAGGAGCGGGACUAGAGGAUGGAGAUGUGUCUGAGGGGACUACAGCCAUGCUGCUGGUGUUGAAUGAAGACAAGGGUCCCUCAGGGAAAGAUGGGGCUGUCAUUAUAUCCAUGGUGGCCAUCCAGCCCAGCACAGGUGAUAUCAUAUACGACACCUUUGAGGACUCCAAGACCAGGACUGAACUGUGUUGUCGUCUGGACCACCUACAGCCUGUGGAAGCUGUUGUCUCACCAAACACUUCAGAACUCACCACUAAAACUAUCACCACCUCAGCCACCAAGAAUGAUGACUGUAUCCGAAUUGAACGGCUAGACGAGAGGAAGUUUGACAGUAAGGAGUCUUUGAAGCUCAUUGUCAAUCUGUUUAAUGGAGAGGAGGAAAAAGUGAACCACAUCUCCACUCUGCCUUCCUGUGUGAUUGGCUGCCUGGGGGCCACCUUGCGGUACCUUGCUGAGUUCAAGCUGGAUGGUAUUGUCAAGAUGGCUGGUUCCAUCCAGAAGUACAGCUCAAGCCGCCACCACAUGAGGUUGUCCGGUGCCACGCUGCGCAACCUGGAGGUGCUGACCAAUGCCUCAGAGGGUGGCACCAAGGGCAGCCUCUUCUGGGCUCUGGACAACACACAGACCAAGUUUGGGUCCAGGUUACUGCUUCGGUGGAUCACACAGCCACUGCUGGACGAGGGAGAGAUUAGGGAUCGGCAGGACAUGGUGGAGGAGAUGAUGACCUCCAGUGCCCCAGUGCUGGUGAAGCUCAAGGAGGCUUUGUACAAACUGCCAGACUUUGAGAGGGCCAUUACCACCAUUUUCCAUAAGAAAUGCAGCCCUCAUGAGUUCUGGCUGGCUGUGCAAGGUCUCAGCCACCUCCACUCUGAGCUUUCAAGGGCUGGAGGGAACCUGGAGGAGACCAUUACCUCUCCCUGCCUUGUGGAGCUUCUUAGGGAUGUCUUGGAGGGCCUGGCCAAUGUGGAAGCCUAUGCUGCCAAUAUUAAUGAAGCCAGUGCCAAAGAAGGCAAGAAAACCACACUUCUCAGGGAUUUCUCAGAGUAUCCAGAUGUUAUCAAAAGGCAGCAAGACAUUACUGAGGUGGAGAAAAAGUUGAAUGAUCUUAUUCCAGAUAUUGCAAGGACUCUAAGUGUGCCUGCAUUCAAGUACACCACAGUAUCUGGCCUUGAGUACUUGAUAGAAGUCACCAAUGCCCGGAUCAAAGCUGUCCCCAAGUCCUGGUCCAAGAUUAGCUCAACAAAAGCUGUCAGCAGAUUUAGAUCUCCAGAAAUAGAGAAACACUUCCAGAAGUUACAGCAACUGAGGGAGCAGCUACAGAUGGACUGUCAUGAGGCAUGGCUCAAGGUGCUGGAGUCAUUCUCUGGGCACUACCACCGCCACCGCCAAGCCGUGAGGUCCCUUGCUGUCCUGGAUGCUGUGUCAGCCUUGGCUGGAGUGGCAAAGUCUCAGGGAUACUGCCGUCCAAAAUUGUCUGCCAAAGGGAGUGGCGGAGCAAAACUGAAAAUUGUGCAAGGUCGACAUCCUGUGGUGAGCCAGAUUAAGAUGGGAGACCAGCAGUAUGUUGCCAAUGACACCAACAUGGAGGUUGAUGGGGAGCGGGUGAUGCUGGUGACGGGACCAAACAUGGGUGGCAAGUCAUGCUACAUGCGACAAGUUGCCCUCAUUGCCCUCAUGGCACAGAUGGGAAGCUUUGUUCCUGCAGACUCUGUUGAGAUGACAAUUCUAGAUGGCAUUUACACAAGGAUGGGCGCUGCGGAUGAGAUAUUCUCUGGACGCAGUACCUUCAUGGUGGAAGUCGGGGAGACUGCUGACAUCAUGCGAGAAGCCACCAAGGACUCACUGGUGAUCCUGGACGAGCUGGGUAGAGGUACCUCCACACAUGACGGUGUGGCAGUGGCCAUGGCUGUGUUGGACCACUUCCUCAAUCGUGUUGGCUGCCUCACUGUCUUUGUCACCCACUACCUCCCUCUUACAGACUUUGGCCGCAUCUACCCUAAGCAAGUGGGCAACUACCACAUGGCAUUUAUCGUGAAUGAUGAGGAAGAGAGUGAUGGAGUAGAAGCAGUGACCUUCAUGUACCAGCUGACCUCUGGGAGUGCUGGCCAAAGCUAUGGCCUCAAUGUGGCCCGCCUGGCUGAGGUGCCCCAAUCUAUCCUGGUCAGAGCUGCUGAAAAGUCAAAGGAGCUCGAGAAAACCUGUAUUUCUAAGAGGAAGAGAAUGAAGCUUUUCCAGAAUUUGAUGGCAAGUAAGGUCACUGGAGAGAUAAGGCAGCACCUGGAGGCUCUGAAGACUGUCGAUGAGGGAACAGUGUGUGAAGAUACCUAAGUAAGCUGCUCUACAAGAAUAAUGAAAGAAAGAAGAAUAUUAAACUUACAAAUGGAAAGCCUCUCAAGAUCCCACAUGAAUGGUCAUUUACAGAAAUUGAUGAAGGUCAAAAUCUUAAUAGUUCACAAGAUAUUGAUAAUUGAUUGAGUGAAGAUGUAAACUCAGAAUUUGACAUUUUUUUUAUUGUGUUAGAAUAAUAAAAUAACUAAGAAUGUUCAGACUAAUUAGAGACAUUAGAAUUCAUUAUUUUCACAAUUUCAUUUGGUCAGCAUCUGGUUAAUUCUGCCUUGUAAGAAACGAUUAUAUAUGUACAAGAUGUUCUUCCAUCAGUUUCUUUUCCAUUGCAACGUCAUCAUCUUAACUUCACUUUUCCACCAAUAACUUCACAUCACCCACAUCAUCCCUCACCACCACCAUCACAGAAACUUCAUCCCUGCCUAGUUUUAACAAGUUAGAAAUCCCCUUUUUUCAGCUGUGACUUGCCUGUAUGAUGUGUGAACAUUCCUGUAUCCCUUGAUAAUUAUGUUAUAGUACAAGGAGUCAAAUGGUUUUAGGUAAAUAAAUAUGUGCUUGAUA